CUUCCUCGCACGAGCGUUUCAUAUGUCAGAUUAAGGUCCACAAGGGGUUUGGCCAAGCUCAAAAGCCGUUUAUUUAUCUGUAAACACUGUUCUACAGGACUCCGACAGUAGUCGAAAUGCUGGCCGUCGUUGGAAAACAGCUGAGAACCCAUCCGGCUCUCAUCCCCCUUUUUGCCUUCAUUGGUGGAGGUGUUACCAUGUCAAUGGCCUAUCUCGCUCGCCUUGCCAUCCGAAACCCCGAUGUCUGCUGGGAUCGCAAGAACAACCCAGAGCCCUGGAACAAACUGGGCCCAACUGAUCAGUACAAGUUUUAUUCUGUCAGCAUUGACUACAGCAAACUGAAGAAAGAAGGUCCUGACUUCUAAGUUUGCAGCAAUGGGGCCAAUGGUACAAACAUGGGAUAAUCCUCGGAGCACAUCGGACUUCUCUGUGAAGAACCUGAGGAUGCAGAAGCUAAACCCGCACAAUGAUUUCUAUUUAUAGGUUCUCCAUUUUGUCCCAUUUGCUUUUUUUGCAAACGUAUUAUUUGUCAGCGGUUGUCAAUAAAGCAUGUGGCUUUUUUUCUCUCUACAGAGAAAAGAACUAG